CCGAUCCCGAUUUCAAAAAAAAAUAUCUUGUGACCAAAAGCCUUCUUUUUAAGCUCAGAAAUUAUCAACAUUGCUGUUUGAUAUUAGUGAAGAAAAACUAAUGACAUGCUGACUAAUCGUCAUUCAUGAAGUAAAUGGCUAAAAUAGCUAUAAGUAUUUUUUGUGAAAUUUUAAGGGGGCGGGGAAAAUAUUUUCGGUAGCGAUAAGAAGUACUUCAGAGACUGCGUUACAAUUGUACCAGGAAACGUAUAAUCAAGAUCGAAUGUUUGAUGUAAUUUAACAAACGCGAUGUCAGAUGACCCACAAACCAAGUGCUGAUUUGAUAAGAAUCAUUUUAGCGGGAGGCACUGGCAGGCUACCAUGUCUACGCCGGUAACGGAGGCUGCCAAUCCCAUCACAAACAAAAUAGAUGUGGCUAGUCCACUAGAGAUAGUUUCUCUACUUCAUAAAUGUGACCAAGAAAUAUUUGACGGUUGGAAUGAGUAUAAAAGUUUAUUUGAUGUAGAAGUUUUGGUCACCUUGGACAAACUGAUCAAUGUUGCUGGUUCCAUAUUACAGAAUCCUGCAACAGGUCUUAUAGUGUUGAGUGGAUGUGGAACUUCGGGCAGGAUGGGUUUCAUAACAGCAAGGACUUUCAAUGGCAAGCUGUCUGAGUUGUCCAAGGUGCCAUGUUUUAAAUACCUCAUAGCAGGGAGGGACAAAGCUCUGUUUACCUCACAGGAAGCUCCAGAGGAUGACCCUAACUGUGGAGUGGAAAUGUUAAAAGAGGCAACAGUUGGAAAGAAGCAGGUCCUGUUUAUUGGCAUUACAUGUGGGUUGUCUGCCCCUUAUGUUGGAGGCCAGCUGCAGCACUGCCUGGAUAACCUGGACGUGUUCACUCCUGUGGUGCUUGGCUUCAAUCCCACCAACUUAGCAAGAAAUAAUGCAAUAGAAAAGUGGGAUACAACAUUUUUACAAGUGGUGAACAAAAUGGAAGAAAUGAAAGCAAUCAGUAAAGUGUUCAUCUUGAAUCCUGUUGUAGGGCCUGAACCAAUUACUGGAUCAAGUCGAAUGAAGAGCGGGUCAGCAACUAAAAUCCUUUUGGAAACCAUCUUUGCAGGUGCUACUUUGUCUGCCUUGUCUGUGGAUCGGCCAUGGCAGACAGAAUCUUUCCUUCGGUGCUAUCAAGUUGUUUGCAAUGAGCUUUAUACUAAAGAGAACAUGAAAAAAGUUGCUCAAAUAGUGGAACUUGCAGGAACUAGUUUGAAGUCAAAUGGCAGUAUAUAUUAUGCUGGUGAGAAUACCCUUGGAAUCAUGGGAAUGAUUGAUGCUUCAGAGUGUCCACCAACAUACGGAGCUUCUCUUUCUGAUGUGAGGGGAUUUUUGGAUGGAGGCUACAAAUCAUUCAGGAACAAUGAUGGGGACCUCAGUUAUCUUGGAGUGCAUUUCCAGAUUUCAUUUGAUAAUAUGGUAAAGGACAUAUUACCUUUUGUGAAGCCAAAUGAUCUUGUGAUUUACCUAUCUAGAGAUGGUAAAGUAGAUGAAAAGAUGACAAAUUGCCUCUGCAAAAAAGCCCUAAUAUCUUUUGCCAGUAACUCUCACACAAGAAUUUCAACAGAUGUAGAAGUCCAGAUAUCUCUGCCAAAAGAAAACCUUGCCUCCCUGAUCGGCGAGAAGGCUGUUCACCAGUUCUCCAUGUUGUUUGAGGAGAUCAGUGCAAAGUGGAUUUGUAAUGCCAUCACAACAGGUGCUCACAUCAUGAAGGGAAAAGUUUUCCAGAAUAUCAUGGUGGACCUCAAAGUCAGCAACAACAAGUUGUUUCACAGAGCUGUUGGCAUUAUAAAGAGAUUUUCUGGCCUGUCAACAGAACAAAGCAGGGACUACCUGCUUCAGUCUAUUUAUGGCACAGACAGCAUGUCAGAGGAAAUCAAAAACCGCCCCAUAUCUAGUCACAUAGAAACUGCCACACCUCUUUCUCAGGUUGUACCCCGAGCUUUGUUGUCAGCCAUUCUGCUUUGCAGUAUAUCAGAGUCUCAAGAACUGUUAGACAAAGAACCAGUGAUACAGAGGGUUAUAUCUCGGACACUGUCUGGAGAACAGAAGUAGAAAAAGACUAUAUUUCUUUCUAGUAAAUCUUGCCACUUUUUAUGUCUACUACAGUUGGUGUAUCUGUAUUGCUUAUAAUCAGGUAUAUGUAUUUUAACACAACAGUCCCUAGAAUAAUUGAUUACCGGGUAUAGAGCUGAAUAUCAUGUUUACUCCAAUCAAAUGAUUUCAUUUACUGUGAUGGUCAUUGUUUUAUUAUUUACAUGUUUUAUGAUUGAUUUAAAACCUUGGAAAAUUA